CCGCUCACCUUAAAACCAUCGUGCAUCACCAUGGCGAGUAGCUCCUUCGCUCGCGACCAAGCUACAAGGAGACUGAGAGCUGCAGCAGCGGCAGCGGCGGCAGCUCUAGCAGCGGUGACCACCACCCCGCUUCUUUCUUCGGGAACCCCGACCGCACUCAUUGGGACCGGGUCGUCUUGUCCGGGAGCCAUGUGGCUCUCCACGGCCACUGGCUCCCGGUCAGACUCCGAGUCUGAAGAGGAGGACCUCCCCGUCGGGGACGAAGUCUGCAAACGCGGCUACCUGCGGAAACAGAAGCAUGGGCAUAGGCGUUACUUCGUGCUCAAACUCGAGACCGCUGACGCCCCAGCUCGGCUAGAAUACUACGAAAAUGCCAGGAAGUUCCGGCACAGUGUCCGUGCUGCGGCGGCUGCAGCAGCGGCUGCCGCCUCUGGUGCAGCGGUCCCCGCGCUCAUCCCUCCGCGGCGCGUUAUCACCCUAUACCAGUGCUUCUCCGUGAGCCAGCGAGCUGAUGCAAGGUACCGACACCUCAUUGCCCUUUUCACGCAGGACGAGUACUUCGCUAUGGUGGCCGAGAACGAGUCGGAGCAAGAAAGCUGGUACUUGCUGCUCAGCCGCCUCAUCCUCGAGAGCAAGCGCCGCCGCUGCGGCACGCUGGGCGCACAGCCGGACGGAGAGCCGGCCGCGCUAGCGGCGGCAGCGGCGGCGGAGCCACCCUUCUACAAAGAUGUGUGGCAGGUAGUAGUCAAACCCAGGGGGCUGGGGCAUAGAAAAGAGCUGAGCGGCGUGUUCCGGCUGUGUCUUACCGACGAGGAGGUUGUGUUUGUGAGGCUGAACACCGAAGUGGCCAGCGUGGUCGUCCAGCUCCUGAGCAUCCGUCGCUGCGGUCACUCAGAGCAGUACUUCUUCUUAGAAGUCGGCAGGUCCACCGUUAUCGGUCCAGGGGAGUUGUGGAUGCAGGUUGAUGAUUGUGUAGUGGCACAAAACAUGCAUGAGCUGUUUUUGGAGAAAAUGAGGGCCUUGUGUGCAGAUGAAUACCGAGCCCGCUGCCGCAGCUACAGCAUCAGUAUUGGCGCCCACCUGUUAACCCUGCUGUCCGCUAGGAGGCACCUGGGCUUGCUGCCGCUCGAGCCCGGCGGCUGGCUCCGAAGGUCCCGCUUUGAGCAGUUUUGCCACCUUAGGUCCAUUGGUGAUGGAGAAGAUGAGAUGCUUUUCACCAGGCGCUACAUAACACCCAGCGAGCCUCUGCAUCCCUCCAGGCAAGGAAGGCUGCACCUGCCCAGAGGGCGCAGGUCUAGGAGAGCGGUUUCAGUGCCAGCCAGCUUUUUACGCCGCUUAGCGCCCAGCCCGGUACGUGCCCCUCACCCUGAAGAAGACCCCAAUAACAGAGCUUGUGAAGCCUCUGGCUCCGACUCUGGCAACUCUGGGAGAAAAGGGAAAGAGGUCAAAGAGAGUCAGGAAGGAAGCGAAGGCGACUACAUGCCCAUGAACAACUGGGGUUCAGGAAAUGGCCGGGGCUCAGGAGGUGGCCAGGGCUCAAGUGGCCAAGGCUCCAGUAGCCAGAGCUCAAGAGGAAACCAGUGCUCAGGUGGGAGGCAGGGAUCUGGAGGUGGCCAGGGCUCAAGUGGCGGCCAGGGCUCAGGAGGCCAGAGUGGUGGAGGAAACCAGUGUUCAGGAGAUGGUCAGGGCACCUCAGGUGGUCAUGGUUCAGGUGGUGGCCAGAGACCUGGAGGCGGGCCUGGCUCAGGUGGUGGCCAGGGACCGGGAGAUGGCCAUGGCACAGGUGGUGGCAAGAACUCUGGAGGCGGCAAAGGCUCAGGAAGUGGGAAAAGCUCAGAUGGUGAUGGUGACCAUGGAAAAUCUCUGAAGAAAAGAUCCUACUUUGGCAAAUUAACUCAAAGCAAGCAACAGCAAAUUCCGCCCCCACCCCCACCCCCACCCCCACCUCCACCAGCCGGAACAACUAGUGGAAAAGGGAAGUCUGGGGGAAGAUUCCGCCUUUAUUUUUGUGCUGACAGAGGAGCCACAAAAGAACGCAAAGAAGCCAAAGAGGUGAGAGACACAGAGACUUUAGAAGGUGCAGCUCGUGGUCCCCACAGAGCCAGAGCUUUUGAUGAAGAUGAAGAUGACCCAUAUGUGCCAAUGAGGCCAGGGGUGGCUGCCCCUCUUGCAAGCUCCAGUGAUUAUAUGCCAAUGGCUCCUCAAAAUGUCUCUGCUUCAAAAAAGCGCCACUCUCAAUCACCUUUUGAAGAUUCAAGAGGAUACAUGAUGAUGUUUCCUAGAGUGAGCCCACCACCUGCCCCUAGUCCUCCCAAAGCACCUGAUCCUAACAAAGAGGAUGACUCAAAGGACAAUGACAGUGACAGUGACUACAUGUUUAUGGCGCCUGGCGCUGGUGCAAUUCCAAAAAACCCCAGAAAUCCUCAGGGUGGCUCUUCAUCCAAAAGUUGGAGCUCCUACUUCUCUCUGCCAAAUCCUUUUCAGAGCUCACCCUUGGGACAGAGUGACCACAGUGAGUAUGUACCAAUGUUACCUGGAAAGUUCCUGGGGAGGGGCCUUGACAAGGAAGCCUCAUCUAACUGGGGCCCCAAAGAUGCACCUGCAAAGCCUUCAGCUGAGGGGUCAUUCUCAAAGCCUAGAGGUGGGGAGUCACCUUCAAAGCCUUUAGAUGAUGGCCCCCCAAAGGAGAAGGCUAAGAGACCUAACCGGCUCUCUUUCAUGAUAAAAGGAAAUAAAAUCAAGCCCAAACCACAAAAGCCCACACAGGAGCAGAGAGAAGCUGACAGCUCUAGUGACAACGUCAACAUUGACAUCACUAAAAGAGAUAGCAAUAUGUCAGUCCCCUGUGCUCAAGGACUGCCAGAUUCAUGGGGCAUAAUUGCCAACCCCAGACGGCCAGCCUUUUCUAAUUAUGUGAAUAUUGAAUUCGGAGUGCCAUUUCCAAAUCCAGCAAGCCGCCUCUCAGAUCUCUUAAGAGCUAUACCAGGUGCCAACCCCCUAUCUCUGGAUGGUGCUAGGUGGCCACUUCGUCCUCUUCCUCCCAAUGCUACAGGUAGCAAUGCUAAUGUGCCAGAGGGCGAAUACAUUGAAGUGAUUUUCAACCCAGCAAUGACACCAGCCGUGCCUUUUGCUGACAGAGCCAUUCGCUAUGAUGCUGAAACAGGUCGAAUCUACGUGGUCGACCCAUUUUCUGAGUGCUGUAUGGACGUUUCUCUCUCUCCUAGCCGAUCCUCUGAACCACCACCUGUAGCUAGGCUGCUGCAGGAGGAGGAGGAGCAAGGGAGAAGACGUUCACAAAGCCCUACGCCAAGUUUCUUUGCAGCCGCAAGGGCCAUUGUCUCGGCCUUCCCGACUGACAGCUUCGAGAGAGACCUUAAUGCUGCCCCCUCCUUGGCUGCUGCUCCCGCAGCGGCGCCAACCUUAGCCGUGGGCCGCGCGUUAGCCGCGGCCUCCGCGCUAGCUGCGGUCCCGGGCAUCGGCGCAGCCGCCGCGGGCUUAGAGGCCGCCGCUGGAUUUGACUCCGCCUCCACCCGCUGGUUCCAACCUGUUGCUAAUGCUGCUGCUGCGGAGCCGGUGAGGGGGGCCCAGGACAUUGCUGAAGGCGCGAAUCCGGGAGUCCCGGACCCAGCAGCCGACCUUGCCGGAGGUAUGAACGCGGCGGGCGGGGCCGCUUCCGCAGCUGCAGCUGCUGCUCCCCUACCACCACCUUGCCAUCGCCUGGGGCCGAGACCCCCGGAGAGAGAAGAUUCUGAGGAUGAGGAUGAGGAUGACACUUACGUGAGAAUGGACUUUGCCAGACCUGACAACAAGAAGUUCCACUCUCCAAAAAGAGAGUGACUACAUUACCACAGAAACACAUUAGAAGAAAAGUGACACUUAAGGAUUUCCAUCUUUGUCUACUCCAGAUCUGCCUAUAAGAAAGGAAAUUCAGAGGCUUCUGAAUAGAAAGCAACAUAAAUUUCUAGAAUCCUACAUGUGGACUCUGGCAGUUGAAUGAUCCUACACAGAGAUCAUCUUUACUACUGCCUUCUGGAUCCAUUGAUUUUGAGUUAAGAAUAUUCACACUAUGCUUUGUUUUUUGUUGUCUAGUUUCCCUCCAUGAUCUGUGUCUUUGAAAGGAAAUGAAUGUUGUAAAAGUUAGCAUGUUGUAACUGUUUCCUCUUCUCUUAAAACCAUUAUUUCCCUGUAAAAUGAGCCAAUACCAAUUUUGAUGAUGCAUAAUAUGUAGAUUAAUUUUGAAGGUACAAAACCUUUAAACAAGGGCAGAUGAGAAAAGAAGGUAGGUAUGAUCUGGAAUAUUCUUUCUCUGAAUAGUACAUACACAGAACAUUUCUUGAUCAAGGAUUUAAACGACAACUGAACUGAUAUCUUGAUGGGGAAUUUUCAAUAUUUUAAAGGCAGGACUAAAGGACAGAUAUCUCAGUUUUUGCUCAUUAAGAAAACUACAAUUAUCUGUCCAUAUUAAAUGUCAAUGAAACAUCUUGAAUGAACAUUUCCAACAUUUUAAAGACAGAACUGAGGAGCAGGUCUAGCUACCUGUUUAUAUAUAACUCGGUGAAGUUCUGUCUGCAAAUCAAUUAAGCAUUUCCAAACCAGUUAUUUUUAAAUUUUGUUAUAAGACCUACAUUUUUCUCCCCAAAGAAGCAAUGUUCUCCAAAAUUUGCUUCUCACAGGCCCCUCUCUACAUCCCUGGGCCUUUCUCUCUUCUCUUCUACCCCCCACCCCCACUCUUUUUGGCCCUCUCCCCAACAUACACACUCCCUCCUAUGCCCAGGACUCCUAUAAAGAAAUCAGUUUCCCAUAUUCAAGAAAGUAGUGUGUACUUAUCAAUUGAUAUUCUGACUAAACUUAAGCCAAAAGGAACCUCUUAUAAGGCCUUGUUUCCUUUGGACAAGGAUCUGAUAUAAGAUGUACUAAAUUAAAAAAAAAAUCAGAGCAAGCUUUCCCCCUCCUAUUUUUGCUUGUCUCUGAUGGAAACUGAAUUAAGAUUUUAGGAACCUGGACCUUUGAGAACAUGACACCAACAGGUGGUGACCACAGAGGAUAGGCACAAAGGUCUUGAAGCUUGCUUAGAGCUUUGUUAUGUGGUGGCACACAAAUCUUGGCUUGUACCAUCACUGGCAAACCUCAUCAUAUCACAGAUGGGUGUGAGUGUUUGAGUGUCUUAAGUGUGUGAGUGCUAGUGUGUAUGCACAUUUGUGUGUAUGCAUACCUUUGUGUACCUGUGAACAUGUGAUUAUAGAUGUACCUGUUGUGUGUAACUCUGUUAAAAAAAUUGCUUCGCAUUUAAUGUGCAACUUUGAAGUAGCGUAAUAUUUAAAGUGUUUUGCCACUCGGUUUUGAUGUCUUUGAACGUGUACUUCUAUCUUUGAGCAGGCUUAUAGUACAUGUUGCUAACUUUUCUUGAAUAACCGAGUUGACUUCUAUUUUUUUCCCUUGCCUACCAACCAAAGGGAUGGGGGGGCUUUUUUUCCCCUUGUGAAGGGUGCUGAGGAGAGGGUGUGGCUACAGGGCCAGUCACUGCUCUAGUUCCUGGUCAUUAGUAGUGCAUCAGCUUCAUCAGUCCCUUCAGACUCCUCUUUUUCAACCUGCUCAAAUAACACAGUGUGGCUUUUGUUCAUUAUGAUAACAAUGUGCUCUUCAGGCAGCCUCUUUUCAAGCUUUCUGUCACCAAUUAUAUUCAAGUAAGUUCAGGCAUUAUCAUUCAGAAUUGUGGGAAGAAAAGUUUUUUUUUUUUUUUUUUUUUUUCCCCAGGGGGAAAUG